AUGCUCGAUCAAUAUUCAUGGCCCGAGUCGACUCGGAAGAGGGCUAGGGACGACGAGGAGGUUGUCACCGGCUUCACGGAGCAUCGCAAUAAACGCCUCCAUUCAUUGCCAGUACGCACCUCGCCGCCGCAUGGCCACAAGAGAUGGUCCCACCCUCCUAGCUUCACGCCGCACGUGCCCGCCACUAUCACCCCGGCCGACUCGGAUUCCGAGGAGCAAUGGCAUUCACAGGCCCGGCAAGGCUCACAAAUGGAGGAUACGGAUAUGAUGGCCGUGGAGGAGCCCAAGCAGUUCGCACAAUACCUCGCUCCUGGUUCGCUGCAGCCAGACCCCCUCGGUCCGAGCAUCACAGCGCGCAUGCCGACGCCAAUCCACUGCUCCUUUGCUGAACAAGUGCGAAGCAAGAACCACAUCAUGAACACCGGCUUUUCCCAACCGCAUCCUUUCCCCCACGCCGCCGAUCCUUCCGUGCCGCGUUCAGUGGAUAGCGGCGCCGCAUGGUCCAUGGUCCAAAAUCGACGACUCCCAUCGCCUAUUAGUGAAAGCGGUGGUGAGGAAACGCCGGCCAGCCCUAGCAUGGUUUUGGAUUCGUGUUCGAUGGCGCAGCUCAGCCUCCAACGUCCGCAAUUACCCCACCACCCACACUCCAUGAACCCAAUGGCGGCUUUGCACCCCAAUCUGGAGGUGAUCCAACAAGAGGACUCGGGCAUGAUGGACAUGGACUGCUCUAGAUGCGAAGAAGCCGGGUCCCCAUCCUCAGCGCCCGCCACGCCUUCUCCGCGUGGCAAAUAUGGGCACUCACGAAGCAAGCACACGCUGAACUCGUGGACCUUACAGCCGGGCAUGAAGAAGUCGUUCAGUAUAGGCUACCGAGCAGAUUGCGAGAAGUGCCGUCUAAAGAUUCCUGGCCAUUUCAACCACAUCAUCGUCUCAUAG